AUGUACAGUAUAAGCUACCGUACGGCGGAGAUAACCGAAGAGCCUCAACUUGAGGCCUUGAGGCUCAAGGCCAUUGCCGAGAAGGUCGUCAUCGAAAGCGCGGAUGGAGUCGUGUUGGGGUUCGUCUACUUUUUCGUACUUCGCUACCUUGUGGGGAGACGGCUGUCUGGUUUUGCGGAGCACAUUAAGCAAAGUCGCUUGCAAUUUCUGAAUAAAGACGAACGACUUUUAUCUUGUCAACGACCACCGUCCCACCGCACUUGCUCCGCCGACGAUCAGCAGUACAUCCGCUCGGUUUCGAUGGAUGGUACAGGGACGAAGUAG